AUGGCUCCUAAGCAGGAAAACAAGCAAGGCAAGUCUACGCCCAGCGACAGGGCUGGUGCUGCCGCCAAGGCAGUCUUAAAGGGUGCGGGUGCGCACAAGGCUCGCAAGAUUCGCACCUCAACGACUUUCCACCGCCCCAAGACCCUUGAGCUGUCCCGCUCUCCCAAGUAUCCCCGCAAGUCAAUCCCUCAUGGACCCCGCCUCGACUCCCACAAGGUCAUCCUGUUUCCCCUCAACACCGAGAGCGCGAUGAAAAAGAUUGAGGAGAACAACACUCUUGUAUUCAUUGUGGAUGUUAAGGCAAACAAGAGACAGAUCAAGCUGGCUCUUAAGAAGCUUUAUGAUGUCGAUACUGUCAAGGUCAACACUCUCGUUAGGCCCGACGGUUCAAAGAAGGCUUUUGCCCGACUAACCCCUGAUGUGGAUGCCCUGGACAUUGCUGCCACCAAGCUUGCUAUUGUCUAG